CCUCCCAGUCCCUCAACCUUGCACCCAAAGUUACCCGUCACGAAAAAAUGAGGCUCUCUACGACCACCAUCACCCUCUUCGCUAGCCUAGCAAGCCUAGUGUCUGCCUUCGCCCAGCCAAAAGCCUCCAUACAAACGAGCAUCGCCACUGCUGGCAACCGUGCCAUUCUCGCUCUCGAUGACGCCAGCCAGGCCAUGUCCACGUUCACAGACGAAAUUCAAGCCGCUACUAAGUCCCUCGAAAUCGAUCCAGCUGUAAAAGAGGAAUUCAACGCAUAUGUCAGCACGCUGAGCCGACGAAUCGAUCGGUCCAUCGUCAGUGUGGAAGGCCUUAUUAAGCUGUUUGGUUCUAAACGUAUGAAGAAUGACAAGGAGACACCGCGUAUCAACCAGAACACGCCUACACGUAAGCUUAAAGAGUCGACGGAUCGAAUCAGCGCUAUUUACGCCGAGUACUCCAAUUUUGACGAUAUGCCCGAGGCUAUUCAAGCAGAGCUUAACGCGCUGUGGCAGGAUUUUGCUAAGCAGAUGAAACACAUCCAUAGUAGUCCCCUGUUGGGCUCUGACGACGGCUUGGUGCACAUCUCUUCCAAGUCCCGUACUGGGAACAAGUCGGACAAGUUCUAUGAAGCGUUGAGUCCACUCGGCAAGUUGUGGAUGCGAAUUGCUGACCGCGCGUUUAUCUUCCGGGGUGGCGAGAUGCUUGAAAAGAAGAAAGAGAAGGAACAAGUGAAAGAGAAGCACACUUUGGUCGUUGAGCUGGAUACGGAAGUUUUUUUGGUUUCUGACGGUGUUGCCAAGCGGUUAAGAUCUUCUGGUGUGGACGGAGCAGACAAGGACGAUGGACUUUCAAAAGUUGAAUUAGCGCAAGUAUAA